GUUCAUCUCUAAAUUUCUAGAUCCACAUUUCAAGAUUACCUCACCAGCAGAUGUCUCGAGGUCUAGUGCCUCUCCUCACGUGGACAUGUUGUCAUCAACACCAAUUAAUCUGUCUGCUACCAGCUGGAGAUCAUCAUUCUUAAUGUCGUCUCCAAAUGACGAUAUGGUAAGUGCGAACUCCACAAUGUCUUCAUCAUGGAUAUACUAUCAGGGCUUUCCUGGGAGCAGCAUCUCUCAAAACAGAAGUCAGCAAACAUCUCCAGGCUCUCAGCUGUCACCCGUUUCAUCCGUGGACUUUAUAGAGAAUGAGCGUUCGCUAUCGCACUACCUCCAAGAUUAUGAAAAUUUUGAAAGAACUGCUGCUGUUGGUCAAAGUGUGGAGCAGCCUUCAAACUUGUUGAGUUCCUUCUGGAGUCAUCCAGCCACUCGCACAUCAGCUGAAGUGCCACCCACACUGCGUCGCUGCUCCUAUCAGCUCGCUCCUCCCACGACAGUGCCUGCGGUGGGGAGUUCUGGAAGUCAGGCAGACGACACAGGCUCGCCCUCUUCCUCGCUUUAUCAGAGUCAAGAUGUCUGGCGGCGUGUGCGAGUAAAUCCUAACGUUCUCACACAGUGGAAUGCUAAUUUGAGAAUGUGGAUAUCCAAGACUAUCUUGUUUCGACUGGUGAAGGAAAUCGAAGCCGUGGAUGAAGCGUUGCAAUGCCACGGUCUGGCAGAUGUUCGAGUAGGUUCAGUUGGCCUAGAGCGCCUUAAGAAGACAGCACAGAUUCUUCAGGUGGCACAGAAUAUACCUACUCUGAUUAGUCUUAUUCCUUUCUUGGAGCUCACAUCAAAUCAAGAAUAUCUUGUGACACGAAUCAAAGAGCUGGCAAAAGGUGGAUGUAUGAGCGAAUUUCGGUGGAAUAGUGGCGGAAGCCUUCACAAUAAGGACUGGGAAGAACAUUUGCCUACAGAUGCAGCUGUUGUAAUGCACCUUUUUGCAACAUAUUUAGACUCUCAGCUACCUCCAUUGCCUCAUAAUCCAGAUGGCCGCCCAUUCACAUCUCAGCACUUUGCAAAAACUCCAGACAAGCCUCCGCAGGGAAAGAACACACUUGCUAUUUACCAAGUUCAGAUGAAUCCGCCCCACUAUGUCCUUCUGGAGGGUGAGGAAACAUUGGAAGUUCCAAAGGGUCGUAACAAUUUGUUCCACACCCUGUUGCUGUUCCUUCAUAUAGUUAACACAAAGGAGCAUGGGAUGUUGGGCCGAGUGAACUUGGGCCCCUCUGGUGUCAAUUUGCUCUGGGUGUUACAAACAUGAAUAUUUCAUUUGCGGCAAGUAUUCUGUUGUUAUUUAGCAAUUCUUUAUCAUAAAAAACAUGUUUUAUGCCAUCCAAAGUAAUUUUGAUUUUACGGUACAAAGAUGUACUGAAACUAGAGCCGUGUAUAUUGUUAGCUUUCAACGUACACUGUUUGUCUGUGUACAUAAUUUUUACUUAUGUAUAAGCUUUAGCAGUUCAUUUUUACUGAUAUGUUCUUGUGUUCCAGCUGUGGUAACAUUUAGGUACUCUUUUUAAAGGAACUCUGCUCAUUGCAUAAUGUUGGGUUUGCGCAGUUAUAAUUGAUGUAGGAUCGGUAUUGAAGGUUUUCACGGUGAUCGAAGAAGCGUUUACCAGUUUGAAAUAUGUUGUCAAAUUGACUUGUAUAAAUUCUUAUUAUACUCUUUGGUGUGAAUAUUGUGCAGUAUCUCUUCAUUUCUAGUUGUGUCUUCAUGGUGGGCACAUAAAGAUCAAGGGAGGUGUUAUUGUAGCUGUGGAUUUCAGAUUUCAAAUGCUUCUUCAAUAACCAGAAAGUGUAGAGUAGCACAAAGUUUUUGGAUAGCAAGGAUGGUAUUUCCGAUGAAAGUUUCCUCAUUUUAUGUUAAGAGCAGCAACCAUUUGUAAUAAAUCAUUCCUAGUUUACAUAUAGUUCGCAAACAAACUUAAUGGAUGAAGAUUUCCGUCUUCUGGGUUGUUGCGCUGUGUAGUCUGGUCGAUGUUAACCAACGUUUCAGAGGUCAUA